ACAUCUGAAAUUCAAUAAUCACAUCUGACCAUUCAAAAUGGAUGGUUUCGUACCGGCUCGAAAAAAGAAACAGAAGAAGUCUAAGAACUCAUUAGAUGUAAUUGGAAAUCAUAAACAAAGGAUAGAGGAUAUUAAGUUUGAUAUCUGUUCCACACAGUUCUUCAGAGAAACGGCUGAUUCUAUUAAAAUGGUUCUUCAAGAGAAAUUAACAACAGCAAAGAAGCAGUCAUCAAACACAGAUUUAGUUUGUUAUGGACUUGGCAAUUUCAUGGAUUCCUACAUUGCCAGAUACCAGCUGGCAUUACUUCUGGCACUUAGAGAAGAAUUACAGAUAGUAGAAGGAUGUUGUGAGAUAUAUGACCCACAGUUUGUACCAGAGGAGGGAGCUUUAUUAUCUGAAUUAAACUUUACUGUGCUGCAACACAACCAGGAGGGUAAGAGAGAGUGUAUUGAAGACAGAAUUACAGUUUUCUACAUGCCUCAUUGUGGUAAAGCCCUGUAUAAUAAUGUAUUGUGGAGAAAUUGGGGACAACGGUUAGAGAACAUCAUCGUUAUUGGCAACAGCUUCACUCAUAUGAUUGAAAAUACACCUUCAAGAAUUCUGGAGAGCACAGCAAAUUAUGUGAUUAAGAUUCAACCAUAUACACAGGAAACUUUGUUACAAGUUCCGUCACAAUACGAGGAUGUUUUCAACGACACAAGUAUCCACACCUUUCGAUCACAUGACCUGCAAAAUGUUCCUGAAAACUUUUGGCAAAACUGUCCCGAGCCUGUGUAUGAUCCCAGUGACGCAGAAAUUAUUUUCAGCUGACAUAGGUCAUGUUUAACUUUAUGAUCUGUUGUCUGAGAAUAGUGUUAUAUCACAUUUUUAUGCCCUUUCAUAUGUGUAAGCUAUUUUUAUCUGUAAGCCAACUAAAUUACUUACAGAGCGUUGGUAGUAGGGGUGUAAUGUUUAUCUGUUUAAACAAGUACUAUCUUUUUUAGCUAAAAACCAGUUAAAAAUUCAAUAACCGGUAACCAAAAUAAUGGAUAGAGGGCCUAUACCAGUAAAAUAUUGUAAAUUAUAUAUUUAUUUUCACUUUCUGUUUAAGUUUAUAUAUUUCUGUUAAAGCAUUGAAAUUUUGUAAUAUGGAAACUUGUGUGCAAGAAAAAUUUUGUUAUGUUGUAAGAUUGUUAUCUGACUUCGAUAAUACAUUUAUACAAGAAUA